AUGAAAUAUCAACGCGUUUUGUACACAAACAAGUUUUCUUCCGAAUUAAAAUCGAUAUUACGCAUCGUAUCCUACGACAAACGACGAUCUUUGAAAGGAAAUGUUUAUUAUGUUGGCUUCGCAUCCGAUGCUGACAUGGCAUAUGCUGAUCGAAUUUGCAAACGACAUCAGAAUGUCACGAUCAAGCCUUUUGAAUCGCGUUCUCCUCGUGGAGUUGAAUAUCAACGUCGAACUGAACGAUGCAAGCAAGCAGAGACACAUUCUUCAGUACCAUCUGUCUUUUCUCCAUCAUCGUCAACGAAUGUUGCUUCUAUUUCUGCUUGCGUACAAAUUCUUGAUUCGACGAAAAAUACUAGUCUACGGACACCCGAUGUUCCAAUAUCGAAUGUGGUGAGUCAUUAUGAAAUAAACGAUGAUGAACUUUUUCUGUAUUUAAUCGCUGUGAAGAACAAAGAGCAACUUCUAAACGAUGUUCAAUCGUGUCUGAAUGCCGUCAAAAUAGCUCAGCGGGCAGCUGAUGAUAUUUCUCAACGUUUCAAAAAUGGCAAGAAUUGUGAUGUGAUUUUGAAUCAUUUAUUGCAAGUGCAUUCAACUGCAUUUUAUUUGAAAGCAACUACAUCUUUUCAGUUAAAAGAUCUUUUAUCAACUGGUAUGAAAUUGUCAUGGCCCGAUCUUGCCAGUAACAUCAAUGAAUUCAGAUUAGCUGUUGGUCAUGAACGAUCAUUUGUGACUGAAAUGGCAUCUGCCACUCGCAUCUUAUCGAAAAUGGAUAAUGAGACAUCAAUUACGAUGUCGUCAAAAUUAGCAUAUCAAUUGACAAAAUUAUCCCAUUAA